AUGCUGGCUUUGCUCAGCGUCAGCAAACAGGGGCGCCAGGCCGUGCGUGGCUUUGGAUCUGCAGCGAAGACCUUGCAGGAACUUUGGGCGGGCGGCGCGCCCUUGACCCAAAUCGUCACUGAGUCCCACGGCCGCGCUGCGAAGGCAGAUCGCCACGAGUGGGUCUACUUGGCGCCGCUCGAGCAGGUCACGGCCGAAGCAGCGACACUCGAGAAGAGGGCCGCAUCGCUCAGCGAGGAGCAGCGGAAACUGGAGCUGCCUCUGCUCGGAUCCACCUUUGCGGUGAAGGACAAUUUGCAGGUGAAGGGAAUGCCCAUCACAAACACCAUGGAUUAUCGACCGCCUCGGAAAGCCCCGAUUGCGGAAGAGAGUGCAGCCGUGGUGCGGAAGCUGCAGGAGAGGGGCGCGAUUGUCAUCGGGAAGACGAACAUGGACUGUGCUGCAACAGGCCUUGUGGGCGUCAGAUCACCAUACGGCGCCUGCCAGAAUUCCUUGGACCGCUCCAUGAUCUCGGGUGGCUCGUCCUCAGGCUCCGGCGUGUCGGUUGCGCUGGGGCAGGUCACCUUCUCGUUGGGCACAGACACCGCUGGAAGUGGAAGAGUUCCUGCGGCGCUCAACAACAUCGUCGGCCUCAAGGCCUCGCGCGGGCUUGUUUCAACGCACGGCCUGCUACCAGCCUGCCGAUCGCUAGACUGCGUGUCCAUCUUCGCCCUCACUGUGCACGAGGCGCAUCGCAUUCUAGGAGCCGCCGCAGAAGCUGCAGGAGCCGACCCCUUCGACAGACCGGCCAAG